AUGGACGAAAACGGUGAGUAUAGCCAAGAGCCGACGGAAAGAGAAAGAUCAGCGGCCGAAAUGGAGGCCCUGCAUCAAGCUAUGAUGGAAGAGCUUGGUAUUGGUCGUAGAGAUGCCUUACCACUCGAAGAUAGAGCUGCAAAUGUUUCAGUGGUACCAUUGGCAGUAACAAGCAAACGUGUUAGACCAGGAAAUCCUGCAUCGAUGUGGCAUAACUUUCAUCCCGAUGAUGUUGAGCCUGGCCUUGAAGAACUCGAUGAUAUUGCCGGAGGGCAGCUUUAUCGACUUCGCAGAGGUGGAGCUGGGCUAAGCAACGGCGGAAGAGGUGGUCACUCAGCAGGUCGCGGUCGAGGUGGUGGUUCGAACAGAGGCGGCCAUGCAUCUGCGGGUGGUCGUGGAAACUUCGCUGGUAAAGGCAGAGAUGUUGACCACUCUAGAUCUGGCAGUCAGAAUCAUCACAAGGAUGCUAGACGUGGUGGCAAAUCUCGCGCUACAAUUGAUGCUGGCAUUGCUCGUUUACAACGUGAGGCUGAAUUUAGCAGAAUGAAUCGAACUGAAGGUCGUUCUGUUAAGAUGCCUCCGUUGACACCCAAACCUACCAUGCCUGUCCCUCGAGCUGCUGCUCCAGCAGCAAGUCGACAUACAACUUCAAAGUUCAAGCUUCAAAGCCCUGCAACAUUUCUUUUACACAAUAAAAUUGUCUCUAGUCCAACUACGAGACCUGAGAACCCUGUUGUUACUCCACCUCAAAACAACAUUGAGACUUUGGUACCAUCGUCAACGAACAACCUAGCACCACAUGGCAGCCUUGCCACUUCAAGAUGGGCAGAGACUCCUGUUACACUAGUCGACACGUCCGAGCCAAAACACGCCGAUCAACCCGCUACACCCAUCAUUCCUAUGAGCACGUCGAUGUCUGUUCAUUCCACUCAACUUGCCACAGCUAUCAAUGGUGUGAAGCCUCCGGCCUCAGAUUGUUCUGGCCGAGCGGCAACAUCAUCUAUUCCCACAAAUGUUCCCGAGUCGAAUCAUCCCGUUCAAUCUGCUAUCAAUGCCGCUCCUCUGACUUUAGUCACGAACGGACUAGAAAGAAACCACGCCACACCAGUCGCCAUUCGUACUAUAGUGGAUGAAAGAAAUGUCAAGAUUUGCAAGAACAACAGUGUAGCCAAGCUCGGAACCGCGAGGCUCGUCAAGUCCCAUGAAAGAUCUCCUUUGACCCUCGAACUUCAAAUUGGUGGCGAGGUUAUUCUUAGCGAGUUAUUAACAGAAACUACGACACUCAAGGUCGAUGCAAAUAUUGUCACAUACCGGGCCAAAUCUUUAACAGAAAAUGUUCCCACGUGGAAAUUCCACUUUCAGCUACCAGGUCCAGCCAAGGGUUUUGUCAAUUACCAUAUCUUCAAAAUUGCUGAGCUUAGGCGUAGUGGCUGCUCAUCUCAAUCCUCAGAAAAAGGAAAGCAGAGUCCGCUCGUGCCUUUAUCUCCGGCUCUAUCUUCCGCAGUAUCCUGUUCUUCAAAUACUACACCGCAUAGCGAUGUAACAUAUUAUGCGAACAGAAUCAGCAGUGACAUAUUUGCUGACCUCAAUGAGCUCAAUGGCCAGGAGACACUCCUCUCACUCCACGAAGAGGAAGCUAAACCUGAGGAUAACCAAGCCGGAGAGUAUUCAAAUUUCCAAGACCUUUUGAGCUUGAUGGAAGGAGAUAUUGUCGAGGGUACGCUCCAGGUUUUGAAUGCAAAGCAUGGCGGAUCUUUUAUUGAUCACGUUUCUCAGCUGGCGAAAGAUACAGGACUUGAGAAUGAUGCUGAGUUCAUGAAGCAUGCCAAGAAUGUUUUCAUUGGUGGUUUGUCAUCCUCUCGUUAUUCGAAUUCGAAACCUAUAUUAUCAGUCACCGAAGGACUUGUUGCUGACUUUCUCAAAAAGUCUGAAACGUUGUUGCGAUUUCCUCAGGAGUUUAUUGAAACUUACAUCAAGGAAAUCUCCAAGAAAAUCCUCGACAAGGUACAAAAUCCUCAGAAUGGUACUCGAUCAGCAGCUGUCGGCUCUACUGGGAGCUCCAGUCCUACAGAGGCUGCGAUAUCGGUUGAAGUGUGUGAAGCUGCCAUACCUGAAGGCGCUGUCAAGCCUGUCCAAUAUGUCCAGGCUUUUGAGGCUGGCGAGUCUACCGAGGCUAUUAAACCGGUGGAAGCUCAGCCUAUUACAGCCACCAAAUUAAAUGAGAAUUUCACUAUUAUUCCUAAAUACAAGCGGAUAACCUAUUCAAUAGAGGAAAUGCUGAAGAUGCGGCCAAACGCCACAUUCACCAGACAAGUAAUUGCUGCAAGAGAUUCUCUCGAAAAAUACCUUCCUGGUUACAAGAGACAGAUAGCACCAACCGACAUUAUUCAAACUACUGAGUCGGGUGUGAGAAUUGUUGCUGGUAGGACUCAAGGACCACGAUAUAAGGAAUCACACAGAGCAACUGCCACAAAACUUCAACCCUCUGAAUGGAAGACUCAAUACGCCAGCAUAACUAGCAACAAAGAAGUUUCACAUGCCAUUCAACAAGAUAGGACUGCUGAACAAGAACGGACGUCAAAACACACCAGUUGCGCACCAACGCCGGGGGAUGCCGGUAUUCAAGAUCAUCCUGAUACAGGACAUGGCACAUCAUUCUAUAAGCUGUCCCCUGCAGAAUGGACAGCCACUUUCAAUGUUCCUUCCAGUGAAGAUACGUCUUCACAAGUCAACAAAGUAAAGAAGAUACCCACGGCCCCAGACAUCAGGAAUGAAAGCAUUGAGAAUGGCGUACAUGAGUCUAUUCCUGCUGGAAGUAACGCUAAAUCAUCAGGUAACAGUCACUAUCAAAAUAUACCUGAUGAGACUAGCGCAACAGCCUCUAUUACUUCCCAAGUUGCAAGCCACAAUGUUCCCAAAUGUUCGAUGACCACCGAAGAGAGCAAGGCAGAAGUCAAGGCGGAGUCUGAAGACGGUACCAGUACUCUCGUACUUCCAUCAAAUAGAGGUCUGAGCACUUUCAGGUACGCCACGCUAGAGGUCUGUAGUCAAGCAGCAAGUCUUCGCGCCUCAUCUGGUUAUAAAAAUCCACCAUGUCGGGUUGGCAAGGGACAAGACUCCUCCCACGAAUCAAGCAACUCUUCGACGACUUUGAAAUCCACACAAGUGCAUGAUUCUCUCUUGUGGGAAUCACUUCUGUCAACCAAGCAAAGACAAACUUCAAUCAAAGUCGAAAGCCCUGAAGCUUCUAUGAACGAAUCUAAAUAUGAUACUUUCACUCCCCGGACCAAAAAUUCCGUGCCUGUGACCUUUUGCCACAAGUUUGUUUCAGAUUCAAACCCUGCAGAUCCACCGACUCAAGUAGCAUUUGAAAUCGAAACUACUUCCAGCGCUAAAGCGGUUGUUGAAUCUGGGGUUGUGGAGGAGAGAGAGGCUCACCAUGGCGUUGUGGCACCUGCAGCUUGGACCACUUUUGACAGAUCGGAAAGCCAAAUCACCAAGACUGUCAAAUCUCGUCAAGUUUGUCCAAUUACCAUCAAGGCCACUGGUAAUGAGACAACCGUUACCAAGGUCAAAUACCAGGAUCAGCCCAGAAGUAAGCAUACUGCUACAGACUUGGACGUUGAUAGACUGGCUCAAGUUCUGAGUGUUCUCGACGUUAAGACCGAGGAGGAUAAUGGUAUUUCGCCAAAUGAGAACUUCUCACAGUAUGAAAACCAGUAUCCUACUCAUCGAGGGCAAACUUCACAUGAAUUCUUCUCUCUAGAAGGCAGCCUACCUCCUGCUCUCUUGUCAACGAUCUUAGUUGAAGACGAAAAAACAGGUGGAGUCAAGGAGAUAACUGGAUACACAGUCCGAACACACAUUUCUGUUCCAGUCACUGCGCAUAUGCCGCCUGUCGAUGCAGGGUAUUCUCCAUUAAGCGCAAUAGGCUUCACGCCGCCUGGUUCAUUUCCGUUUCCUCCAAGACCUGGAAUGUUCGAUAAGAGUUUUUCUGAUACCGAUAGCGAAGAAGUGUUGAAAGCAAAUGUGCCUGCUUUUAUCCCAUCGCAUCAAAGAGACGGCAGUACCAUGAGCCGACCAGCGUUGUCUCCUUCUAAAAUUGCUAUCGGUCAUUACAAAAAGCCUUUUCAAGAUAUAUAA